GAGAGGUUUGCGGCCCUGACAGCGGCGGUAAACGCGAAGAAGGAACAGGCGAGAGUGGGAGCGCUGGAGGAGGUGGGAACAAAUGGUGAUAACAAUCUCGUCGAACAGGAGGAGAGACCUAAGAACGAUCGUCCGCAAAGAAGUACAGAGACGGCAGAACAUGCUAGCCGCGGCCACAAC